AUGGGCAAACGGAAAGCGGCCAAGAAACCGAACAAGAAGGCCAAGAUGCAGCCGCUCGACAAGGUCUUCCGCUGUCUCUUCUGCCAACACGCCGGCGUCGUCCACUGUAAACUGGACCGCCAGGAGAUGUUGUCGCGGAUAGAGUGUUCGAAGUGCAAGCAACACUUCGAGACGAAGAUCGACCAUCUCACGGAGCCGAUUGAUGUGUAUUCGUUGUGGAUCGAUGCGGCCGAGGCGGCCAACGACAGCUCCCAGCUGCCCCAGGACGAUUCGCACGAGCCGCCCUCGCCCACCAUCCGCCCCUCAUCCAAACACUCCUCCGCUACCCAGCACCGCCCACGGGCCGAAGAGCGGUACGACGACGGGCUCGAUGAGCCCGAUGGCGAGCUGCCUGACAACAUCUUCUGA